CACGGCCAACCAAGUCAAGAGCUCCACAGUCUAGAAGCCAAGCCAAGCCAAGCCAUUACCAAUCAACGUGACACGAGACUCACAUAUAAGCUGGACCAAGAACACCGAGACGCUAGCUAGCUUUUCACCAAAUCAAACCAAGCCUGCCGUUGUGUGGUACGCGCGCGCCGGCCUCUCUUACCUUGCGUUCGUGCAGGCAACUCGAUCGGCCGUAGACGUCCAGAGCGCAGAUAUGGCAGACUACCAUAGGAUCCACCCGAUGACGGUGGGCUCGCCGCCGCCGGACCAGGCCAUGGGCAAGAAAGACCAGCUACAGCUGCCGGUCACGGCCCCGGCGCCGUACGCGCCCGCGCCGCUGCCGCCGCCGCCGCGUCGCAAGCGGCACAGCCGGUGCUGCCGGUGCAUGUGCUGCACCUUGCUCGUCGUCAUCCUCCUCGUCGUUGCGCUCGGCGCCACGGCGGGGAUCCUGUACCUCGUGUUCAGGCCCAAGAUCCCCAGCUUCCACGUGGACCGGCUCACGGUCACCCGGUUCGACGUGAACACCACGUCCAUGACGGUGACCGACGCCUUCGACGUGGACGUGACGGCCGACAACCCCAACAGGCGCAUCGGCAUCUACUACGACGGCGGCGAGGUCACGGCGUCGUUCAACGGCACGGAGCUGUGCCGCGGCGCGUUCCCGACGCUGUACCAGGGACACCGAACCACGGUGCACCCACGCAUCUCGCUCGCGGGGGAGACGCGGCUGGACAGCGCCGUCGCGAAGCAGCUGAUGCAGCAGCAGCAGGCCGGCUUCGUGCCGCUGACGGUGCGCGCCCGUGUGCCGAUCCGCAUAAAGUUCGGUGCCAUCAAGCUAUGGAAGAUGACGGGGAAGGCGAACUGCAACCUGGUGGUGGACAGCCUCCAGGCACGCACGCAGCUUCGCAUCCGCUCCAACAACUGCAGCUUUAAGCUCAAAAUCUAGAGGAUUUUUUUGCCUAGCUUUAGCGUAAAACUGCCCUGAGCCACGCGUGUACAGUGAAUCAGCUACCAAUAAGGUCACAUCUCCAUUUCUGUGAAUCCAUUAGCGGAGCUCAGCAGGUGGUAGAGUCGUAGAGAUGUGCAAGAUUACUGCUGUAAAUCCAUUCUUUUUCGGCAAGUGUCUCCAUUAGUUGAGUGUAAUAAGCUACUAUGCAUUUAAAAUUUUCAGUUGCUGUGAAUUUCUUUGCAUAGUAAUAAACCGAAUUUACUAUUAAUGCAUUGUCCGAUUUUUCUUCUUA